ACUCCUCAUCCGCGGCAGAGAGAGAGAGCGGCGGCGAUCCGCUGCGGAGGAUGCCUACCCCGCUGCGGGGAUAACCGCCAGGCGAGAUGGCCGUUACUUUCUUCCUCGUCACAUCCCGCACCGCGACGACCCCUCGGCACCCAUGAAGCCCCCGUUGAUGAAGCCAAAACCGGCCAAAGCAAGGCGGAAAGAGGCCACUGAGCGAGAGAAUGUACUGGCGCGUCGGGUUCGCCUGGACGCGCUCGUGUGUGGUUGAUCUUGGCCGGAACCAGAGCUUCUCCUUCGGCCUGGGCGGCUCCGAUGAGCAGCUCUCGUUUUAUGGGUACAUCGUCGCCUACCCUCUGCAGGACUACGGCGGGAUCAUGUCGGCCCUUGGGUCGGACUCGUGGUGGCGGAAAACGCUUUAUCUUGCCGGGGGCGCUCUGCUCGCCACCGCUGCCUAUCUAUUGCACGAGCUGCUCGCCAUCAGGAAAGAACAGGAGCUGAACUCUAAAGAUGCCAUCAUCCUUCACCAGUUCUCCAGGCCAAAGAGCGGAGUCCCUUCCCUCUCCCCCUUCUGCCUCAAGAUAGAAACCUACCUACGCAUGGUAGACCUGCCCUACCAGAACUACUUUGAUGGGAAGCUUUCUCCCCAGGGGAAGAUGCCAUGGAUAGAGUACAACCAGGAGCAGGUGUCUGGUACAGAGUUCAUCAUCGACUUCCUGGAGGAGAAGCUGGGCGUGCGCCUCAACAAGAACCUCAGUUCCCAGGAGAAGGCUGUGUCCCGGGCUGUCACGAAGAUGGUGGAGGAACACUUCUACUGGACCAUAGCGUACUGUCAGUGGGUGGACAACCUGGAGGAGACACAGAAGAUGCUGGCGGUGAGCGGGCCGCUGAGUGACCUACUCAAGUGGAUCCUGAGUCACCUGACCGGCGGCAUCGUGAAGAGAGAGAUGUACGGCCACGGGAUUGGACGGUUCACUAAGGAGGAGGUCUACACUCUGAUGGAGAAAGACAUGCGGACGCUGGCCACCCUGCUCGGUGAUAAGAAGUACCUGAUGGGUCCUAAGCUGUCCAUGGUGGAUGCCACUGUGUUCAGCCAUCUAGCCCCUGCUAUGUGGACCCUGCCGGGCACACGGCCAGAGCAACUCAUCAAAGGCGAGCUGAUCAACCUGGCCAUGUACUGUGAGAGGAUCCGCCGGCGCUUCUGGCCCGAGUGGUUUGUUGAUCUGGAGGACUUCUGUUACGAUGACACCACAGAGGACGAUGACUCCCUGUCCAAACUCCAAGACCUGGGGCUGUAUUCCCGCACAGACACCUUCCAGGAUGAGGCCACCUCCUCACACACACACACACACACACACACAAUCUCCCCAGACAGUGACCGCACAGGCCACUCACUCUACGACUCGGACAUGGACACGGAGUGCUCCGAGAUGGAGCAGCUCAAGUGUUGACCGCCAUAUGACUCACACACACAACACACACACUCCGCCCCCAUACAGUGCCCUCUACCUGUUGAGGAGGGAAUAACUACUGGGGAGCAUUUCUAUUGCCAGUGGCUGUUGUUGCCUGUGCUAAUGAGGGAUGGUAUCAGAGCUUCUACACACAAUGUGCUAGAGGAACAAAAGACUGAAUAUUGAGAUAAAGGAAUAGCAAGAUAGAGAAAAUAAGGGUAAUAUAGCAAUAGAGAAAGAGCCCAAGAGGGAUAGAGAGAGGAAAAGAUCAACCUGGAAGAGAUAAACAGGAAAGAGAGAAGGAUGGAGAAAAGAGUUGCAAAAGAAAGAUCAGGAAUUAAUGACGCAAUCACUGAGAAACUCCUCCACCUGGGUGAUGUCAACACCUGUCGCCCAGUUUCCUGUUGUCGAGUUGCUCUUACCACGGCAACCGUGUGUGUGUUACCUGUGUUCCCCAAUUGAGCUGCAUUGCCCCAACCAUGUGUUUGACAUACUGACCCCCUGACUUGCAUCCUUGCAAAAUAUGAGUCAUUAUAUUGAUAUUAUAUAUGAUAUGUGGGGAACUGUUCAGGCAAGAUGUGAAUGAGUACAGUUCAAUAUGAGUAUAAAUAGUAUAGAUAGCCUGCAAAUUAUAUAUAUUAUCCCAAUGUCCUAUAAUGUAAAUACUCUGUGUGGUUCUUCUGUACAACCUCUCAGUGCUUGUUUGAUAUGACCAAACUUCCUGGUGAUCUUCAACUAACCCCUUGUGCUGGUCUAGGUUUUAGGAAUUCUAAUGCAUCUAUUUCUACCCAGAUGACUGACACUUUGCAUCUGCAGUCAGGUCUUAACCCAUCAUUGAGUAUUUCGUCAGUCCUUUGUAGAAUGGUCAUUGAUGUUGAGGGCGAGUUUCAGAUGCUGUGGAUUGAAGGGACAUCUCAAUAAUCUAAAGUGGAUUCAUCUCAAUAAUCUAAAGUGGAUUCAUCUCAAUAAUCUAAAGUGGCUUCCUUUCCUCGUCUCCUCUCCAUCUGCACAGAUCUGAAAACAUUGGAUAGGUGAAAGCAAUAUGGUAGAUGAUUACUGGAACUUUAUUCCACUUGUCCAAUUCUUUCACUUCAGAUGAAGAAGAGGAGGAGAGGCGGCUACAUGAGAUCUUUAGUUGUGUGUAUGUACAUUCAGCCAUUGAGAGCGGAUGAAAUAACCAUGUAGAAAUAGACUAAAUAGACUAGAUAUACUUGGAGGUGCAUGGCUAAUAGGUGCCAAUGAAAAUCACACUACCCUGCUGGUUAUCUGUUAUCUACGUUUCUACGCUUCCCUGUUUUAAUGUUUAUUGUGAUGCAGUGUGUGUGUGUGUGUGUGCCUCAGGCCAGAGAAAGCGAACAAAGAUGCAAUAGAUUGAAAUAACUAUGAGGCCUUUGCCCAGCCUCUCUGUUCUCAUCAAAUACAUGGCGUGUCUACUCCCCUUUUAGAAUGAAUUGAUUCUAGAAAUAGAAGGAAUAGAAUGGCCAUUGUUACUUAUAGCAUCAAUUCACUCUGUGCUAUGCAUGAAACAACUACUUUAAUCCACAGUGUUGAUUGCCAGUCUUAUUUAAUAGUAGGCUACAGUAUGUGGAAUAGUGAAACAGUCUACUCUAAUCUUUCUAUUUCUAGUGCAUUGCUGAUGUAUGAUGGUGAGAUGUGGACAUUACAAGUGUUUGUCAUUCAGCGGACGCUUCUGGGUCCUGUGUGUGCGUGUAACAGAGGGUGUAGAAUUCUGUCCAUAUGGUGCAUCAAUGAGUCAUCGUACCUUGUGAGUUGAUUUUGAGGCGUACACCAUUUAUUCAUGCUGGGUGCUAACAGCUGACCAUAUACAGAUACAGCCAGAUACAGAUACAUACACAGAUGCAUACAGAUACAUACACAGAUGCAUACAGAUACAUACACAGAUGCAUACAGAUACAUACACAGAUGCAUACAGAUACAUACACAGAUGCAUACAGAUACAUACACAGAUGCAUACAGAUACAGACACAUAUACAUACAGAUACAGACACAUAUACAUACAGAUACAGACACAUAUACAUACAGAUACAUACACAGAUGCAUACAGAUACAGACACAGAUGCAUACAGAUACAUACACAGAUGCAUACAGAUACAGCCAGAUACAGAUACAGACACAGAUGCAUACAGAUACAGACACAGAUGCAUACAGACAGAUACAGACACAUAUACAUACAGACAGAUACCGAUACAGAUGCAGACACGUACAGACACAGAUACAGACACACAGACGCAGAUACACAUACAGACACAUACAGAUACCGACACGGAUACAGACACAUACAGACAUAGGUAUAGACACAGAUAUACAUAGAGACACAGAUACAGACACAGAUAUAGAUACAGACACAGAUACAGCUACAUGGCCACAGUAGAACAUACAGAGACAGGACUCUCAUCUGUUCUAACGGUCGCAGCAGAGAAUAGUAAUGAAUGAGUAGUGAAGUAUUGGGUUCUCUUCAGGGCAGGUGUAGACGUUAGUAUGGAAAUGAUGAUGAUUGUAAUGGUUAUGAUGGUGAUGUUUAUGAUGAUACGAUGACGAUCCUCUGCAAACCUUAUGAAGAAGUUUACUCUCCUGACCACAUCUUACUACAAAACAGAGUCCUUCAUGUGGGGUAAAACGGUGUGAAUUUACACAGUGAUACAUAAGCCUUUGUGUGUAGACGAUGCAUCAGUCUGUCACUGUCUGUGCCCCUAUACCCUGCCUGCAUGUUUCUUGCCUUCACUUAUACGAGCCAUGUGAGAGACACAGCCUUAUGGAUUUACUGUAAGGCCUUGGUGUUUACCUUUUAAGCCAGUGAAAGCAUAUUAGUUAUGUAUUUUACAUGUACAUGAUUUAUUUUCUAUUUAUUUGUUUUCUAAUGAUUUGUUUUGUGUAUUCAUGUUUAUUGAUUCUGUUGGUUUACAUUUGGGGGUGAUGUUAUAAUGAGGCAUUAUUUGACACUAUUAGUAAUGUAGCUAUUUAUUUUCUUAUAUUUUUGUACUUUUGUUCUAUUGCUGCCAAUUAUGUUUUUGUUCAGAUUCUGUCCUAUUUGAACAUUGUAAAGAGUGGAGUGUGAUUGUAUGUCUAUGUUGUGUGCGGUCCUCUUAUUCUACUGGAACUGGGUUGCCAUUGGUUUGUCAGAACUAUGUUAUAAUCUAAAUCUCAACCUGAAGCAAACCUCUCUUAAUGGUUGCCAGAAUCGUGACAUGUUUGAUGAAUGCUGAACUAACAAUGCUGAACUGUUUGGUGAAUGCUGAACUUUGGUAGUUGGGUUUAGGCUUGAGUCUAAACUCAACCACCAAAUGACCUGUGAGUUUCAUUGGGGCAUGCUUAUGUCCUUAUCUAGUACACUGGCGUAGCAAACACACCUGCAGCUUGUGGAUCCCCAAUCCCCCCCACCCCCCCACCCCAGCAAAUUAUUAUUUUGGGGGGUACAAAUCUAACAUAUGGAAUUGUUUUAAGAUGGUCAAACCAUGGAUCAUUAUAAAAAAUAUUAUUUGAUAAAAUUUUACAUUUGGCCUUUUCUACCAUAGCCCAUUGAAACAGAUUAAAUAACGCCUUUAUAAAUGACAAAAAAGACAGUAAAAAUAUAAAUAAGGAUUUGAAGUGUCUUGUCCUACAUCUAGGAGAUAUAAGAAAGCUUUGGAAAUAUAUAUACUUUAUUUUCUUCACAUAUUUAACCCCUUAUUUUUUGAGGCACAAAACUACCUUCAUACUUCCAUGCAUUUGUAUGGGUUACAGUCAGAUGAGUGAUGGUCCUAGAGCAAAACUGAGACACUGUCGUGUUCGUGAGAGUCUUCCCGUUCCAUAGAUUGGUCAUAAGAGUUUGUAACCAUUCGGACGCUACAGAGGUUUUCGUGAGAAGACCGAUUUUUAAGACGUUUCAUGUUCUGAUAAAGAUGGCUGUACCUCGGCCACCUUCAGUUGCAGGUGCGGAAGGCCGACAGGCAGAUGUGGUUGAUUGAGACGUAGCCCAGGCAGGAAACCUGAUAUCUCUAUCUUAAAUUGACAGAUUUUGAUGGGGAUUUUUUUGAUAAUGUGACUUAGAUUGCACGAGUCAGUCUGUAUCAUGGAAAGAGCAGGGGUUCUUAACGUUUUGUAUGAUCAGUGUAUGUCAACUCUGUCAGACAUCAUAAAAGGCAUUUCAUUUUUACAACUAUUGUCCGAAAAGUGUUUUAAUUUGUAGGAAAAAAAGAAGGAAGGGACGCGCUGCUAAGGUACACAAUAGUACAUUUUUGUAGACAGAAGGUGCUCUUUGGUAAAAUGGGUAAAUUGGUUAUCAAAAAGAAAGGAGGACCAAGGCACUCUUCAUAUAAUUAUUUAAAAUGCCUUCAUUUGUAUGGCAUGUUCAAUGGAAACAAAGAUUAAAAACUCUGACGCGUUUCGGCUGCAUAGCCGUUCGUCAGCGAGUACAAAGAUACGAUAAUACAAUGUCCUUUUUUGAACAGCAUUUUCCAAUCAACCCUGAUUUGAAAAGGGAGUGGUAACACAAUUCAUUGGACAACAACUAGUAAGCAAUACUAUACACAUUAAAAAGUCCAAUCAAAAUGCAAAUCAAGGCUAGAAGCAUCAGAACCCCUAGAAAAGUGGUUCUAACCUUGAAUAUGAGCCAUCUAAUUUAUAGUACACUAGGUGAUCUUUUUAAUGUGUAUAGGAUUGCAUACUGAGUGUUGUCCAAUGAAUUGUGUUACCACUCCCUCCGCAAAUCAGGGUUGAUUGGUUAAAGCUGUUCAAAAGAGGACAUUGUAUUAUCGUAACUUUGAAGUUUUGAAUCUUUGUUUCCAUUAAACAUGCCAUACAAAUAAAGGUAUUUUAAUGAAUUAUAUGAAAAGUGCCUUGGUCCUCCUAUCUUUUUAGCGUUUAACGGCCUUGAUUGUUUAAUUCUAACAUUAGAUUAUUCAAAUAUGUAAUACCAACCUCAAUACUAUUUUGUUUUAUAGCACUAUUAAAUGCUUGGCUAAUUUCAUUGGCAUUUUGGCAUGUUUUUCUAGAUUUAGAACAUAAAACAACAUUUCUAAAGCAAAUAUUAUCCCUUAGGUCCAGCACAGCAGAUACAUCAAUUGUUUAAGCAUAUGUUGCAGAACAAUGAUACAAAUAUUCUUCCAGAAUAUUGAUAAAAUAAUCAUAUUGACUCCAUCAAUGACGGAGUUGACAAAGCAUUGACUGAGUUGAGAACAGAUACUCAAAACAGACACAUUUUUGUCUUUAGAUAUAAAAGCUCAAUACAAACAUUUGUAUAAUAAUUUAUUUGAAAAUGCCCAAUAAAAACACAACUAUAAGAUAUUUCAACACUUUAACAGAGUUAACAAUGUUGUUUGUAGAGAACUUUACAGAAUAUGAGUGGUCCUGUUGCACUACAUGUAAUGAGGACAUGAAUAAGGGGUCCUUAAGGGUAUCGCUGACCCUGCUCAUUCCUGAUUCAUGUAGGAUUUUAGACAAAUCUGACUGAGUACACCACAUCUCCGUACACAUAUUUUAGGAAUCACAGUUCACAGUUUUAGGAAUCCCAGACAAAUAUUAUUUAAAGUCACAGAGGGCUAUUGAAAAAAACUACAUAAGAUCAUUUUUCAGUUAAUAUCCAUUAUUGCCAUUUUUAUUUUAACCACUUUUUUUUAGAAUGUUUGAAAUUGUAAUAAUUUGCUCCGAAAAAGGCAUAGUCGACAUGGAAAUUAACAAUAUUGAAAGUAUUUUAAAAAUUCCCUAAACAAAUAUUUUCCCUUGCAAAAUUCCCCUCAAUGUACAUUUUAAGCUCAAAUAAUGCAGU